UAUAGCGUGCGCCCAGCGUUGGAUAGCUAUUGUAGCGAUAGAAUUAAAGUUGUCAACAUCGUGCGUCGUUUCUCGUACACGUUUUAAACUGCUGUGAAUACACGAUGAAAUUCUUGGUAUUUUUCAUUUUCGCCGUUCUCAUCGGCGUUCAUUGUUUCGACAAUUUGGACAGCGCGACUAUGGAGGAUAAAGACGAUCGUGAAGGUCGUUGGCAUCAGCAAUAUCAAAAGCAGGAAUGUUACGGAAAUUAUGAGGAGUUCAACUAUUGUCUCGCGGAACAAGCCUGUCAAAAGACAUGCAGGAAUGACGGCUGGAGAGACUCCUUAUUGCCACCGCCCUGCAAGAAGUGCGUUCCGGGCUGCAUCUGUCAGCGAGGUUACGUGCGGAACAGCGUUUUCGUGUGCGUCACCGAAGCCGAUUGUGAUUAAAUUCAUUUCUCCAGAGAUCUAACACUACAAACUAUAAAACGCAAAAUACAAGAUCGAAUAAGUCACGAAGAACACAAGGAAAAGAGCAAAUAAAGACGUCUGCCGCGCCGUAGCGAUUUAUGUUCUUUGAUCUUUUUAUUAGGAACUUCUUCAAAAGUCACUUGCUUAUGUAUCGUGUAAUUACACUUGAAUGUGGUUAUACAUCAUAUGUACAUAUAUAUAGAAUUGAAUGAUUCAAUGCAAAUAAAUCUUGUCAAUUUUCUAAAAUAAAAACGCGCGCGCGAUUACGAGAGAAUACCGCGAUAUAAUUUAAAAUGGAUAAAUUAUGCAUUCUUCAAACAUGUUUGCGCGCAUUGACGAUGAUGCACUUGCACUUGGAAGUCAAGAAGUAUUUUAUUGAACACCUAAAAUAAAGGAAGAAUGAUUUAUUAUGCAAAAAGCCGUCACAUCUAAGAUUUAAUUAUUGCCAUCGUCGCUGCUUUUCUGUGAUAUAGUCGCUUGUUUUCUAUCGCCUGUAGUCGAUCGACUGAUAUAAGAAUUGAUUAAGACUCAUAGUUUUAGUGUUGAUCUUUUUUUGUCGUAUGACAAUUUUUUAACGGUUAAAAAUUAUAUUUUUUAAAUAUUAUCUAAAUUUCUAAUGAUUUAAAAUAAGUCUAAUUUAAACGAAUUGUACUAAUUUAUUAACUACAUAGUUAUUAAUCAAACUACGUACAAUUAUGACUGUUAUAA